UCCGUUCUUGUUGCAGUCUACUGCACUUCGCCUCCGCACAUCGACAACGCCCGCCACAACGCGCUGCCCGAGCAGACGACCUUUGACCUGGACAGCACGCUGCACUACCAGUGCUACCUGGGCUACGUGACGAGCGGCUUCCCCAAGGCCAAGUGCCUGGCCAUCGACGGCGCCGCCUCCUGGUUCGGGCCCGACAUCACCUGCGAGCCGCGUUCCUGCGGCUUGCCCGACGACAUCCCCAACGGGUGGCACGCGGGCGAGUGCCACACGUACGGCUGCCGCGUCACCUACCACUGCGCCGACGGCUUCGAGCUGACCGGGCGCGGCGAGCGCUUCUGCCAGGCGGACGGCACGUGGAGCCCCAAGGAGCUGCCGGCCUGCGUGCAAAUUAACUGUGGACACCCCGGUCCGCUGUACAAUGGUUGGAUUGAGAACAUAGAGUCCGGCACCGGGUUGGGGGCCAGCAUUAUCUUCCGCUGUCAUGACGGCAUGAAGCUGGAAGGCAACACCUCGUCCGUGUGCCAGAUCGAUGGGCGCUGGCGGUACCCGCUGCCCAAGUGCCUAGCCCCGUGCGUGGUGCCGGGAGUGAAGCAGGGCAGCGUGCACCUGCUGUCGGCGGCGGCCGGCGACAAGGAGGCGGCGCGCGAGCCCAUCAAGGAACUGCCCAUGGUGGUGCCGCACGGCGAGAAGCUGGCGGUGGAGUGCCAGCCGCACUACGAGUUCCCGGGCAACCACACGCCCGUCGUGUGCAACAACGGCACGUGGACGCACAUCCCCCGCUGCGAGCCAGCGCGCUGCAAGCGCAUGCCGCGGGCGCCGCGCAACGGCAUGGUGAUCGCGCCCAAGACGGAGCACGGCAUGCGCGCGCGCUUCAAGUGCAAGGACGGCUACACGCUGCGCGGCCCCAACGUCACCGAGUGCAGCUACGGCAACUGGACCGCCGACAUGCCCUACUGCCAAGAGGUGUACUGCCCGUUCCCCGGCUACAUUGAGAAUGGCCGCGUCAUGCUGGUGGGCAACAUGGGCGUGUACGACUACCGGCCGUACGUGCGCAAGGUGACCAACAACAAGCAGAUCAUGUACGAGUGCGAGCGCGGCUACGCGUGCGCGGGGGCGGGGGCGGAGGCGGAGGCGGAGGCGGCGCUGGUGCGGCGCAAGCGCGGCGGCAUGCGCGUGUCGUCGGGCGCGUCCACCUCGUCGCGCACACACAUGAUGCGCGGCAAGUCCAACAACAACAACGACGGCAGCCGCGGCAGCCGCGGCCGCAAGCCCAAGAGGCCCACGGACGAGCGCGUGCGCCCGGGCCACCGCCCGCGGCCCAAGACCGGCAAAGGGACGCCGUGCGAGCUGCUGGCGGACGAGCCCACGAUGCGCGUGGAGGUGGUGAAGGCCGGCCGCGACCCCAACCAGACCUACUCGCCGGGCACCGUGGUGCGCGUCAGCUGCAGCAAGGGCUACUCGCUCAGCCUGGGCCGCCACAGCAACAACACGGCCAAGUGCGCGCGCGGCCAGUGGAAGCCCGCCAAGCCAGAGUGCCUCAUCCUGCCUUGUCAUGUCCCACCCCUGAAACAUGGAACAUUCAAGUUGCUGACAACAGAAGGGCCUAGCAAACCACUCAAUGCGACAGUAGAAAUACUGAAUGGUGAUAUAGUAGAGUUUUCUUGCCAUCAUGGGUACAAUGUGAAGGGACCCACCAACAUGCAUUGCUGGCAUGGGGAAUGGGGAGUAACAACCCUUCCUGAAUGUACUCCAGUACCCUGUGUCUUGCCCAAUAUAACAUACGGCACAUACCUUUUGGGCUAUCGCCCUGGGCUCACCAUCGCCCAUGGAGCAUCUGUGACCUUCCAGUGUGAUAAGAACUACAGCAAGUCCACCCUGCAUCCUAUUCAUUGUCAUUUGGGAGAGCUGCAGCCACGAGUUCCAGCUUGUAUACAUCACAGUGUUAAAAGCAAUGCCAGCAGCAAAUCGCAUGAUGCAGAUUUGGAUUUUAAGGGUGGAAGUGAUAUCACCAAAGGAGGGGAUAUCAGUGACCUUAAUUACCCCAUGGGCUUUAGAAGGGCAUGUGGACCUCCUGCCAGGGUGCAUGGCUCAUUAGUUUAUCGAGAUGGGGAACCCAUAGGUGAUAGUGAGAGAAGCUUUCCUGAUGGCACAGAGGUGACAUUCAAUUGCAUUCUCAGCAUUAUGGGAGUGAAGGCCACCUGGAGGAUCAUAUGUGAAGAUGGCAGCUGGGUGGGCCGCUCCCUCCACUGUGAAAAUGAUGACUACCCAGAGGGAAUGGUUCGCACCAACGGCACAUGUUUGUAUCGCAACUCUGAACCUAAUUUAGUAUCUUUCUACAAUGACCAGCAGAUCACCGAAGAAGUUGUGGAAUUCCCUCCAGGAUCAUUGGUGGUUUCAAGAUGUGUUGAUAUUGGUAAAUAUGCUAUGAUUGGCUCCAACAGACGACGAUGUGUAGCUGGUGAAUGGGAUGGUCAGAAACCUGUGUGUUUUGGUCUCAACCAGGAAAACGAUUAUGCUUUGGAAAAGCCACCAACAAUUUUAUUUAGACAUCAGCUGGGGCCUAUUGCUCAGAGCAAUGAUGGUCGUUUGGUAGUGUACCCUGGAACAAUUUUGCAUAUGGAAUGCCUUUGGAUUCGCAGAUUUGGAACCCCGAAGAAAUAUCCAGAAGGAUGGACAACUGACCCUGGUCGUGAUUCUCAGUUAGAAUAUAGACUUAGCAUUUACCAUGCAGGUCGUGAUGAUUCAGGCACAUUUACAUGUGUUACCCCCACAAGACAUACUCAUGCAGUGGAAAUCAUAAUUUCUGUAUUAAUUUACAAAUUUAAUUCAGGUAUAGAAUGUGCAGACCUCAUGAACUUGACGGAUCCUCAUCUUCGAGUUUCGAUACUCAGUCGAGAAGUAGGAGGAAGAGCUGUGUUCAGUUGUGCCCAAGGUUAUGGUCUUCGAGGCCCCCAUGAGGCCAUUUGCCUUCAUACUGGUGACUGGGCAAGUCCCCUGCCUACUUGUGAAGAGGUUCAAUGUAAUUCACCUGGUGUGCCUGAAAAUGGUUACAUUCAAGGAAAUGGGCCUUACAAAGCAGGUGAUGUGAUCCAGUUCAACUGCAAUCCAGAUUACAUGAUGGAAGGACAACCAAUUAUUGCUUGUCAAGAGAAUGGUGUCCAGGCUUGCUCGUAUCCAGGAACAACUAUUAGUGGAAGAAUGUCUGCAGUAAAGUUUUAUUACAAGAUCGGAGAAACUAUCACUUUUACUUGUGAUGAAGGACUUGAUCUUCGGGGAGCACCAAUGCUUCGAUGCCUAAGAAAUGGCAAAUGGUCUAAUGCCAUUCCUACAUGUGUUUCCUCAAACAGAUAAUGGCAUUUAAUUCAAUUGUCAAUUGUGAAAGAGGGAAGCUCAACUGCAAGUAUCAGCAGCACGUUCAUGGUAGAUACAUUUCAAUUCCUUUUAUUGUUACAAAAAUUAAAGAAGGCUUCCAAAGUGAAGAAAGAAACAUCUAUUGCUUUUCUUUCAAUAAGAUAUGCCUUCAACUGCAUUUAGUAGCAAUAUAUGACACGAAAUGUUACAAUUAUUGUGGUGAAGUGGACAAUGCAAUAUUGAAAUAUUCUUCCUUACAUUGUUUUAUGAUAAUUUGUACAGAGGACUUUAAUUUAUGUAAAAGUGCUAGACUUGUUAUCUUCGAUUACACAUCUAAGCUAGAAUUCAUCAUUCGGUACUGAGAGCCUUUAAACACAAAGCAGAUGUCUUAGUGACUAAAUAACAAAGACAAAUAAUUCUUAUGGUUUACUAUAUAUUAUCUUAUAGUACUAAUUACUUUAUAAUAUAAGAUAACAAGCCUUGAACUUCUGUCAUGAAGUCUUCUCCUUAUCAGCUGCAAAGAGCAGUUUAUGAUGAAAUACUUUAUCUGCUCUGAGAAACUGGACAUGAAAGGUAGCAACAUUCAACAUCACCUGCUACAUCAGUUGAAGCAUGUCUCACCAGCAUUGUUUAAACAAAAUGCCUUGGAAGAAGUUCUUUUAUAUUUACUGUUGGAGUAAAAUAACUGUUUGUGUACCAGGAUUUAGAGAAAGAUUAACUGCUAUAAUAAGUAUGAAAAUAGGCAAAUUGUUCUAGUUGAUGCAUAGACUAUGUUGAGUUGGAUAUCUUGUCAUCUGUGCUAGAUUGACAAGAUAUUUCUUUUGCAAUGCACAUUUGUGAUAUAUGCUAAUUACAUAACUAUCAGAAGUAAUUUUGUGGCUUCAUAUAUAAAGACAAUAUUUCUUUGAAACAUGUGUGAUCGAUGAGUAAUGUUAGAAAUGAAGUAAUAUUUUAUCAUGUCUAUGUUUCACAAAUACCAUCUACAGUUUUUUGCAAUAUACCAUAUAAAAUUUCAUGUCAUUUUCUCAGUUAAUUGACACAUAGUAGUAACUUUGAAACAUAUUUUUAAUAAAUAUUCAUUUUAUCAUAGAAUGUAAAAAGAUUAUGUAAAAUAAGUCAUUGUGAAAAGCUUUGUUGACAAAAAUAAAAUUAAUGUGAGGAUUCAUCGACCCAUUUAAAAACUGAUUUUAUUCAUAAAAUUUUGACCUCUAUAAACCUCCAAUAACUGGAAUAUUGCAUGUCAGUAUCAAAAGUGUAACAAGGCAUAAUUCACAUGUAAAACUGAAAUGAAAGAAUACAUACAUAUUUUGUGACAUACUUGUGCUGUGUAGGUAGUUUGUUGUACAAUUCCCAAAUCAUGUUAUUUAUAUUUUUAUGAAAAUAUUAUAUAUUUUUAGCAUUUUAUUUUAAAUACAAGAUUACAGUUGGCUCUCUUUAUGUAUUUCACAAUAUUGCUUACUACUUAAGUAAAAUUGAGCUGUUAUAUCAUCCUUCUUCACUGUUUGAUAUUCUUCAGCUCAUCUGAUCUAUGUUUCAAAUAAUUGUCUUCCAUAGUCAUCAGUGUUAUCAUUUUAUCAUUUUAAGUUAACUUUUGAAGAUACAACAUAAUUUUAAAAUAUUGGAUAAUUCUAUUUUACCCCAUAAUAAGAGACAAAACGCACAAAACAUUAUCAACGAAAAAUGUUAAUUUAUUACAUAUUGUUGUAAGUAGGAAAUACUAUAAGCACAUUACAAACAGUUAUGUGACAUAUAUCUUUGAAAGUGUGUCUAGUUGUAGUUCCUGAGUGAAUACGUGUCAACUAAAUCCUUACAUUAAAAACAGCAUUAAACAGAAUAUACAGUGUAAAAUAUAGUAAUUACCUAUAAAAUAACCAUGUUAACAUUAAAAAUAACUUCAAAAUAAAUAACCUCAUAUUUAUCACUUAAUAAUAUGAUGCAUGCAGAUACAACAAUGUAAAUGCAUAACUAGGCAUGCUCAGGUAUGUAAGUCACAUCGCUGAUUGGUCAGAUAUGAGUGUGUAUACAAUGAAAUGAAAUUAAUGGGAGCCUGUUGCUCUGGCUGCUUUCAUAUAACAGUACUUAUGGCUAAUAAGCCUUUCCACAACAUAAUACUGACAUCUCAAUUAAUCUAUAAACAUAUCUUUAGUAAAAGAAACAAGCAGCCCUCAAUGUACUUCAAAAGAACCUUUUAAAUAUAUACACUGUGAAAUAACUAAAGUAACUUGUAGUGCAGUAAUGUUAUGUGUAGUGUUCUGCAUUGUUAUAAAAAACUAUAAAUAUAAUUUGAUGUAUUUGUAAUUCCCAUAUGCAGGUUCCAUCCUCCUCACCUAUAAUCCAAAAAGAAGAGUCUCAAACUAGAUUUAUUGACAUUGCCAAAUUUAUGAUUAGGUAAGCCUAUGUCAUAAGUAAUGUAAUUUUAGUUUAUUUUCAGCAUUGAUUCUUCGUAGUAUAAGAAAGUUACAAAUGAUAAAAUAAAUGGAAUUGAAGAGUUAGGGAGGGGGGUAAUUUGUGUAGAUUAAAAUGGUUUUAUGGUUGCCAUCUUCACUUCACCCUUUUAGGAAAUAAAACACUGUGAAAACUAUUGGAGAUUUGAAAUAAAUUUAGAAAAACUUCACAAGCACAAAAUUAACUUUAUUGAGUACAAAUAAAAAAGUAAAAAAGAAGUUAAAAAUUGCUUUUUAUUGAAUUAAAAUAAAAUAAAUACAAAACUGAAGAGGUAUUCCAAAAAAAAAGUAUUAAAAAGACAAAAAUAAAAUUUCAAGUGCCCUGGUAAACACAUGUUCACAAAUUUCAUUAAUAAAGUACUAGAAACUGUUAAAAACUUUGCCACAUAAUUCAGUAAAAUAGAUUUAUGCUCUUGAUAGAGCAAUUAUAAUGUAUUGCUAUUUUGUGCUAUUGCAUAUUGCAAAUUCUAAGGAAAAGCAUUAGGGGCCAUUGAAAGCAAAAUGUAAUUUAUAGUAAUUAAUGAUAAUUCUUAAAUGAAAAUUUUCAAAGAGUUCACUUUAGUGCAGAAAUUUUUUGCGAUUAUUAAAAAGCUCCCCAUGCUUCAAAAUUUGUGAUGAAUACAGUAAUUGAUACUUAAAGGAAGUAAAACAAUUUUAGUGAAUUUUGUGGACAAUUUUGUAACAGUUUCUAAAACUACAUUAAUGAAUUUCCUGGGCAGAUAUUUACCUCUAUUGUGCACCCUUUAUUUUUAAAUUUUAAUAUAUCUUUUCGCUACAUUUUGUAAUUUCUCUUCAAUUUUUUAUUUGUUUAAUUUUAAUUUGAAGAGAAUAAUUUUUUAAACUUCUUUUUAUUACUUUUUACUGUUUGUUUGCACAGACAUAAUAUUACAAGAAUGAGUAUCACUUUGGAUAUGAUUUACAAUAAAUAAAGUUGGACAUCACUUGAGAGCGUACGCUUCCGCGGCCGGAGUCAGUAUUUACUAGGCCGUCCGAGUGACGCCG